CCAAUCUACUCAUAGCUUCCAGGAAAUGAAGUCCAAAACAAGCUAAAUACGCCCUAAAUCUAAGCUCGGCUUAGCGCCUAUGUUACUCCAGGGGCCACAGGCCACAGUAUUAUUGAAUCCUACUCUGAAAUCCGGUCUCCUUCCCACAAGUCUCUCGAGUCACGUCUCUCCGUUUUCCUCGAAAAGAAUCCAUCAACUGGAGCUCAAUAAAAAGUACGGUGGAGGGAUUCACCGACGCGACACCGUGUAUGCACUGGAGAUGCCAAUAGCUGACGAGAAGUCACCGUCCGACGGCAAAGUCUGGAGCCUUUUCAAGCUUCCCUUUCGACAGUCUGGGAACGCCAACGCGAUGUCGUCUUCUUCAGCGUCUCAUCAACAGAGUCUAAAUCAGCCUCAUGUAGAAGGAUCGAACCAUCCUCAAAGCUCUAACAAUUCGGUUUCCUCCGUUGCCAAGUCGUUGCUGCCGACUAGGCGUCGGCUCAAGCUCGAUCCGGCGAAUAAGCUUUAUUUUCCUUAUGAACCAGGCAAACAGGUCAGAAGUGCUAUCAGAAUUAAAAAUACGAGCAAGUCGAAUGUAGCAUUCAAGUUUCAAACAACUGCACCAAAGAGCUGUUUCAUGCGUCCUCCUGGUGCAAUUCUGACUCCUGGCGAGAGCCUCGUAGCAACUGUCUUCAAGUUUGUUGAGCCUCCUGAGAACAAUGAAAAACCAAUGGAUCAAAAGAGCAGGGUUAAGUUCAAAAUCAUGAGUUUGAAGGUGAAAGGUGCAAUGGAUUAUGUACCAGAGCUGUUUGAUGAGCAAAAGGAUCAAGUGGCAAUAGAGCAAAUCUUGCGUGUUGUUUUUCUACAUCCUGAGCGUCCUUGUCCGGCUUUGGAUAAAUUGAAGCGCCAAUUGGCAGAGGCUGAUGCUGCAGUUGAGGCACGCAAAAAACCUCCUGAGGAUACUGGUCCAAGGAUUAUUGGAGAAGGACUAGUCAUAGAUGAAUGGAAAGAACGAAGGGAAAGAUACCUCGCUCGACAGCAGGUUGAGGGAUUGGAUUCUGUGUAGAGUUGCAUUCUUCUUCGGUUUGCUUUAUCAUAUUAUUUAGAGGAUACACGAUCCUUUCUUGAGUGUACCUCUGUGUCACUACUGUCUGUAACCGUGUAACGUGAAGAAUGCGAAGAAUAUUUGUACCAAACGGGGAAAGUCAAAGGAUAUGUCUGGAAAGAAUGCUUUAGAAACAACCCCUUCUUUGUUGUAACAAAGGUGAGCUAAAUUCUGUAAUUGCAGACUUGAAACCCAGUUAGUUACCAACUGCAUGUAGAUAAUCUGAUUUUGUUUUUCGCCUAAGAAAAUGUGUUAUAACUUGUCUUUAUGAGAUUUAAUUCGCUAAAUGAAAUUUUCUUUUCGCC